UUUUUUGAUUACACAGAAUAUUCUUAUUUCUCAUAAUUGCCAUUAACGUGUUUAUGAAAUAUAUAAUAUAAAACGCUGUUUUAAAACCAUUUCUUUAUAUAUAUUUUUUUACAAGUCUUUGUUGAAUCUGUGCUUUUAAUCGUGAAGCUAAGCAAACAGUCGUUGCUAGGGCAGCUAGCCCGUUAGCAUGUCGAAAUUAAAUAAUUCUACCUCCUAAAAUAUAUGCGGUGUUUGUCCGCGGUAAAACAUGCAUGAAAUGUAGCUUACUCUCGGUUUAUGAAAAAAUGUUCUCCGUAAUAUUCCGUGACCCACCGGCUCUCUGUUAGCCAGCUGCUCACUGUGUCUACGGACCGACUCAGACAUAAACAAACGUGGAUUCUAGAGAUAUUUCAUCUUCUCCUUUGGACGAGGUUUGCGAAUAAGUGCAAUAUGGACACGAAUGUUCAGAAGAGGCGAGAAAACAAGAAGUCUUUACGGGUUAAGGUCAUUAGUCUGGGAAAUGCAGAGGUGGGGAAGAGCUGUAUUAUUAAACGGUACUGUGAGAAGCGGUUUGUGCCCAAGUAUCUAGCCACUAUUGGGAUAGAUUAUGGUGUAACCAAGGUUCAGGUUCGAGACAGGGAGAUAAAAGUAAACAUUUUUGAUAUGGCUGGACAUCCGUUCUUUUAUGAGGUCCGCAAUGAGUUUUAUAAGGACUCUCAGGGGGUGAUUCUGGUCUAUGAUGUUGGACUGAGGGAGAGUUUUGAUGCUCUGGACAGCUGGCUUACAGAGAUGAAGCAGGAAAUGGGCUCACAGGCCAACAUGGAGAACAUAAUCUUCGUCGUGUGUGCCAACAAGGUUGACCUGACGAAAAGACGAGUUGUGGAUGAGAGUGAGGGGAAACUUUGGGCUGAGAGCAGAGGAUUUCAUUACUUUGAAACUUCUGCCCAGAGUGGUGAAGGCAUCAAUGAAAUGUUUCAGUCCUUUUUCUCAUCCAUAACUGACAUGUGUGAAAAUGGAGGGAAGAGACCCACUCCAGAGGUCAAUGUAGGUUUUACAAAAGAGCAGGCCGACACCAUCAGACGCAUCCGCAACAGCAAAGACAGCUGGGAUAUGCUGGGGGUUAAACCUGGGGCCACAAGGGAGGAAGUCAACAAGGCAUACAGGAAGUUGGCUGUACUGUUGCACCCGGACAAGUGUGUGGCCCCAGGCAGUGAGGAUGCCUUCAAAGCAGUGGUUAAUGCUCGCACAUCGCUGCUCAAGAAUAUCAAUUGAUCAGCUUCACAUUGCCAUUAGUUGGAGUUGGAGAGUUACCUCGCAUUUGCAGAGUUCCCUUCUCCCAGUGAAGAUUACGCUUAAGACACAUGGAGAAGCCUCUGGACUCCAACAAAGACUUAGUAACAGCUGAGUUUGACAUACAGCUAUGACACUGUGUUUACUAUGACAUACAGCUGUCCUGUUUAUAAUGUAAAAUACAUGUUGCUGUCAAAAGUUGUAGUAGGGAAACAACUAUAAUGCUGUAAGGUUUCAGCCCAAAUCAUGUGCAUGUCACAUUGUCUUGGAGCAUGAGGAUGAAAUUGGUGGAUCCUUCUUUUCCCAGUCUGCCCUGUGACUGUUGUGCUGCUUUGCUACCAUAGAUGUACAAGUGAAAGACCACUUAUUUACCAACUGAUUUGUGAGUCUUAGCAUUCUAAUGCUGUUGUUUAAUCCCGAUGCACCUCACAGGGAUGCUAUGACCUACAUGAUUCCCAGUUUUUCACCUUAGCUCUCUCCAAAGAGGAGGAAAAGCAUGAGCAGAAAAUGUAACAUGUCCAAUAUCUUUGCAUCAGUGCAAUAUCAUUUAUUUAAAAUUGAUUUAUUUACAAAAAUGUACAGUACAUUUUUGUUACAAAAAAAUUAAUUAAAUGUCUUUUUUAUGUAAGUCUACUCACAUUUAACAUCUGCUUUCUAGAAUGUCGCUUGUCUUUUGAUGAGAAUUAAAUUUUAAUAGAUAGUAUGUAAAUCAACCAGUUCAAGAAAUAUGGUAUGUGUCAUGCACAUGCAUUUUGUUAAUUUAACUUAAGUUAUGCCCUUAUGGGUACUAUAUAUAUAGUUUGUGUAAUAAUAGACUUACCAAACAUACACUACUAUUCAAAAGUUUGGACUUAGUAAGAUUUAAUUUAUUUAUUUUUUAAAGAAAAUACUUUUAUUCAGCAAGGUUUUGUUAAAUUGAUCAACCGUGCAAAGACAAUAACAUUGUUACAAAAUUUUAUGUUAUAUUUUAUGUUAAUAAGGAAUGUUUGUUGCGCACCAAAUUAGUAUCCUGGAAUAAUAUAAUAUAAUAUUAAACAGGUAUUUUAAAUUGUAAUAAUAUUUUAUAAUUUACUGUUUUGGUUAAAAUGUAACCUUGGUGAGCAUAAGAAACUUUUAAGAAACAUUAAAAACUUGUACCAACCCCAAACUUUUGAACAGUACUCUAGUAUAGGUUGUGGUCACUAGUGCCAAACUAUAUUAAAGUGUAUAAGAGUGCUGUUUACCAGUCAUUACACAACAUUUAGGGGUUUUGCUAAGUGCAAAACUAAAAAUCUAGCUAUUAUUGAUGUUGAGACAGUAGCUUUAAAUAUAUAAAGAAUAUAUGAAAGAAACUAUCUUUAAAUCUGCCACAGUAAUGAUAUCUGGUCCAAGAAAAACACAAGAACAAAGGGGCUUUGUUUACACCAACACUGGAAUAAAUAUAACUAAGAUAAAACUGUUACAUUAGCAGAGCUGUGUAGAUGUGCCAACAUGCAUUAGUUCAACAAUGAUUUAUUUGGCCCUUGUAUAUUAACACUUCUAUGUAGGUAACAAUCACUGUAAUGCAAGUAUAUCAGAUAUUGUAUAUUUUUUUUUGAACUGUGGUGUUUACAACACAAUGUGAGUCUAUAUAAUGUAACCAUUAUUUAUAUUUUAAAAUAUUUAUCUGAAAGUACACGUUUUGUGAUCUUUAUUACAUUUGUUUAUUUUCAAUGGCAUUUGAUAUUGAGCUGCCUUGAACGUUAUGUUGAACUAUGUAACAUUUACCCAAACAAUGUUAGUUACAUCAUCCGUAAUGUUGUACUCCUAAAAGUUUCAUUAGCUACACUCACUACAUAAUAGUGAAUCUUUUAACUGGAGGCACUUUUGUUUUCUUUUGUUUCAGUCUGUGACAUUGAUUUGUCUGAGUGUGAAAUGCGUCAUGGCAUGAGUAAGAAGCAUGUUUGUAAUUUUGCAGAAUACAAAGAUAAGGCCUGUUUACAUGAAUGCCAAGGCCACUGCUCAAUGGGAAAAGUGUCUCUGUUUUAUGCACAGAAGCAUUUACUUUCUCCAUUCGGCUUAUAUAGCGAAAUAAAGGAAUAACUGUAAAUCA